CUUCAUUUGACCACGUUUUACAGACUUACCAAUUAGUUAAUAGUAGUCAAGAAAUAACUUUUUAAAAGUAGCAGCAACGAAAAAAAAGCAACAAUGAAAGUUUAUCAAUUUGUUUCUGUGUUAUUGGUCGCAUCGGCACUUACAUUUCAAGAAAUCAGCAGUGUCCCCGUUCCAACAACAAGCACUUUAACUUCUAACAACGUAACUGAAGAUUCCAACCAAGCAAGCGACCAAAUCUCUGAGGCAGAUGGGGACUCAUUGAAUUGCAUCAUGGAGGCGAUAUCGGUGAUGGUGUCCGGAAAUGAACAAUCUCUGUCAGAAGCUUGCAAGGAAAUGAUAAAAGCUGCCCAGGACGACGAUGACAAACCGGAGUCAGUUGUUAAUAGCGAAGACGAAAAUUCUGACGUGAAUGAUGCGGUCAGUGAACCGCCAUCCCAAUCUCCCGAUUUGCAAGCUGAACUGCAGGAUCUGACGUCACAAUUACGUGGCAUUGAUGCAGAUUAUGACGUCAGUAAUGAAGAUCACGUGCUCGGAAUGAAACGAAGUGACAGUGACGCUGAUGACGUCAAACGAUCCGGGGGUGGCGUUGCGGAAACAUCCGACAAUAUUGACAACUCUGAAAUCGAAAUUGAAGAACCCGCUACCCCCUUUGUUACGUCACUGAAUGACAUCAACGAUGAGUUUCUUGUGAUACCACUGAAGUAUUUACGAAAGCAGAUGAUGAAGGAAGAAAUGAUUAACGAUGAUGUCACUGAUGUUGUUAACAAGAAACAAAACGAAGACGACAAAAAUGCUAAACUCGAAGAUACUGAAACAGGCUUAGAUGAGAAUAGUACUGAUGACGUCACAAAGGGAGCUGAAUGGGACGGCGACGCGACUUCGGAGAUGGACAUGGAGCAAUUAAACGCACUCUACCAAGUCCAACUGGAUCUAAAAAAAUUGGGACAAGACAUGAAAUAUCUGAAGCAACAGCAGCAAACCGAAACACCUGUCCAGUCUAAAUGAAGCACAUGUUCCAUCUGUCUUAAAUCCUAUGUUUAAUUAUUUUCUAUCAUUUAAAAUCGACGUUUAAUUACUUUAAACAUAGCGAAAACUUGGUUACCUGCAGAAAAUGCACCCAAAUUUUAUAUUCACAAGGUCUUGGCCACAGGUGCACACAAUGCAAGGCUGUGUAUGUACAUAGUUUCACAUAUUCGCUGUUCACACGCAAUGUUCGUGUUGUUGCUAUCACCGGCUAAGCAAGGGGUCAGUGCAAUCAGCUGUACAAAUAAAUCAGUCGUACCACACUGCAUAUUAAA